CCAAUGUUAGUAAACAUGCCUGCUAUUCUGAUGAAUUUUAGGUAUGGCAAUUUGGAUGGCGACCCAAAGGAAGUUUCCCCAGUGAUCGAUCAGUUUAUAGAGUGCGUUUGGCAACUGAUGGAACAGUUCCCGUGUGCAUUUGAGUUUAAUGAGAGGUUUCUGGCUCACAUUCAUCAUCAUAUUUACUCCUGCCAAUAUGGCAACUUCCUAUGCAACUGCCAGAAAGAGAGGAGAGAAAUGAGAGUCCAUGAAAGAACCUACUCACUCUGGUUGUACUUGUGGAAGCAGAGACUGGACUAUAUGAACCCACUGUAUCGAUCAGAUCACAGUCAGACGCAAGGCACCCUGAGGCCUAACACUUCCCCCUCCAAUUUCAAGUUCUGGAGGGGUCUGUACAAUCGCUUUGAGAAAGGCAUGCACCCUCGCCAGUCUGUGACGGACUUCCUCCAGGCAGUGAAAGAAGAGACUCAGCAACUAGAGGAGGAGCUGGAGUUCAUGCAAAAGAGAUGGCAGCAGUUAAAUGGCACAAAGAAUUUUGAUGAAAGACAAGAAGGAGACAAGUUGCAGUUUAGUGCUACCGCCUUCACCUCCGCUAACAGUCCCCAGGAUUAUAGAUGCAACCUGAAGUCCUUCCCUUCCCGCAGCCCUUCACAGGGCGAAGAGAAUUCAGUCCUCAUUCUUACUCAGGAACACUUGAAGAGCUCAGAUCCAGAUCUAUCUGCUAAUAGUGAUCAGGAAUCGGGGGUGGAGGAUUUGAGUUGUAGGUCACCGAGUGGAGGUGAUUCAUUACCAAGCGAGGACAGUGGCAAAGACCCUGAUUCUGAUGAAGCCAUGUUCCUGCAUGCUUAAAGGAGAAGGAAAGCUUCCGAAGCAGUUUAUUGCCACUAGAUUAGCCACAACAGUGCAAGCUAGAA